AUGCGGUUCUUAUGCCUCCAUGGAAUGGGAACUAGCAGCAAGAUACUGCAAAUGCAGACUGCUGCCCUUCGACAUGAGCUGGGAGAUGACCAUACGUAUGAGUUCGUGGAAGAAAUUGCCCACAUUUCCAAUCCAGACGUUCCGCACUAUCAAUAUUUUGCUCUCAACGCCCACUCCUACCUUCGUGCCCUUGACCAACUCGAAACAUACUUGGCAAUUCACGGCCCUUUCGAUGGUGUUCUAGGCUUUAGUCAAGGUGCUGAAUUCGCUCUCAUGUAUCUGAUUCGACACAUUCACAUAUAUCCCGGAGAGCCUCUACCGUUCAAAGUAUGUGUCUUACUCUCCAGGAUCGGUGUCUACGAUCCGGCGUGCUGGCUUGACACUGGUAGAGCUGUCUCGCUAGUCGAGAUGCCGAAGGGGCUUAGCAAGAUCCGAAUACCGGUGGCUGCGGUGUGGGGAGAGAAAGAUUGGGAGAUUACGAAGAAUGAGUCGUUAGCUACCAGCGGACUAAUCGACGAAGAGUUCAUCUGGGCCUUUGUGCAUGGCGGAGGACACGAAAUUCCGGGGCCCAGUAUCAACGGAAGUGUGAGCGGCGCUGUCAAGGUUAUCAGACGGGCUGUUACGCAAGCGCAAAUGGUAUGA